AUGGCUACAAUGGUUCGUUAUAAAGAAUUAGUGGGUGGAACGAGUAAAAAACAAAAUUGGAAAGGUUUAGGCAUCGCUUUUGUCGUCAUUGCGAUAGUUUGUUUAUUUAUUGCCGCGGCGAUCUUCCUUACGAGUACUCGUUCGACAACAUCUUCUCAUGGUUUAAUUCCAGUCAGUGAACAAGAUAUAUUUAGCAUAAAAAUUCCUAAGCCAUGGAAUGGCACGUGGAUAUCAGAUGUAUCAUUUUCUUAUAUGGAUACGAAUGAUUCGAUAUGGAUUUAUAACUGUGAUACAUUGCAAGAAAAGUUACUAUUUCGAAGAAGUCUCACUAAUCAAGAAGGUACCGCGCCAGGGAUUGUCUCGCCAUCAACUCGGUAUAUUUUAAUCCCGAUUAAUAAAGAUAAAGUACACCGCUACUACACAGACUAUUAUUACGACUUAUAUGAAAAUUCAAGGAAAAUUGCAUCAAUUGCUGUGUGGGAUAAAAAAGUUUGGCCGUUAUCAGCUGUUCUAUACUCAAAUUCUGAUAGUUACUUCGCUUUUAUACAGGAUUUUGAUAUCUAUAUCUAUGACACUGCGAAGGCAACAAGCAUUCGUGUAACAACAAAUGGCAGCCGCGAAACGGUUCAUAAUGGUCUAGUCGAAUGGAUCUAUGAAUAUGAAAUUUUCAAUCGACAUCUUCUACUAUUCUGGUCACCGACAGAUCGUUAUUUAGCAUAUGUUAAAAUUGACCUCCAAAAUGUUUCGAAAACGCAUUUUCUCGUCUACGAUCUGUCACGUGAUAUUAAUGAUCAGUAUUCAAUCCCGUAUCCAAAAUUUGGUGAUAAAUUACCUUUGAUCAAUGUUUACAUCUAUAAUAUCAAAUCAGGAAAAUCUUUUCGUGUACCACGUCCAGUUGAAUAUAGGAAUUUGAAUCCGAGAUCUGACUUGUACAUCUAUCAUGUUGUAUGGUAUUGUGAUACGUGUUUAGCAGUUGUUUAUGGCAAUCGUGGUCAAACGUCAAGUAUUAUACAACUAUAUGAAGUUCGCACGACGAAUAACGGAAGCGAUGAAGCUGUGCUGAGAUCGCAUUGGAAAGAAAUGCCCAAAGGGAAAAUUCUACCUCGUUUUCUUAAACCGUACUUUGCACCAUCGGGUAUACACGCUGUCAUCAUACGUUAUGACACAUACAAUGCUGAUAAAUCAAUGCAAAAAGCAUAUCCCCAUGUUGUUCGAAUUGACUUUAAUCAAACUUAUCCAGCGAUUGGUGCAACAUCACCAGGACAUAUCUAUGCAGAUGAAAUCAUCCACGUUGAUGGUGACAAUAACGUUUACUUUACUGGCUCACGUCAAAACUAUUCACUAGAACGAGAAGUUUACCGCUGGAAUUACUUGGAAGCGCAAGCUAACGCCGAUUGUAUUUCAUGUAAUAUUGCAAAUCAUUCCUGUGGUUAUGCCAAUGCACAAUUUAGUCCAGGAAAAGGUAGUUAUUACAUACUGGAAUGUUAUGGACCAUCAGUGCCGUACUCAACACUACACAAUCUAACAGAUCAAAUCGGUUUAAUUAAUGAAAAUGUCCCAUUUCAAACAUGGAUUAACAAUCGAUUGAUGCCAUACGUUGAUUUCUUCUCAGUGCCGCUCGAUGGAAAACAUUCAGUCGGUCAUGGAAUGAUCAUUUUCCCUCCAACAUACAAUCCGAAUGUAACAAUUGCGUCCUAUCCCGUCAUUGUUUCAAUAAAUGAUCGUUUGUAUGACCAACGAGUGACGAAAAAAUAUGCACUACCAUUAGUCGAGUUUGCUCAUGUAACAAAAGAUAAUAUUAGCAUCGUUCUAUUCGACUCACAUGGUAGCACCGGACAAGAUGAACAUUACUUGAAAAAUAAUCAACCUGACUGGUUCGAUAGACAAUAUAAUGAUUAUAUAAAAGUUGCACAACAUCUGAAAUACCACGAGAAAAAGUUUAAUGAAACGCUAAACAGCACAAGAUUUGGAUUAAAAGCACGAGGUCCUGCUGCUGCUAUUGCGCUGAAAUUACUUGAACAACCGUAUAAAGACAACUACGAAUAUAAUUGUGCAUUUCUGGAUUCGCCUGUUGCUGAUCUCUCGUAUUACUAUGCUUUCUAUACUGAACGAAUCAAUGGAUUACAAGAAAAUAUUCAAUCAUCUCGUCGUUUGAACAUCCGUAAUAAAAGUAUAGCGAUCGUACAUGGAACGGCUGAUGAGGAAGUGCAUUUUAAACACUCAGCAGCAUUAGCAAAAACAUUCAUUCAACUGGGUGUUGAUUUUCAAUUCAAGGUUUAUCCAGAUGCAGACCAUGAUUUCGAAAAGCAACCAGCAUUGCAUGAUGAUUACUUUGUUUUCCAACGUAAAUUCUUUCAAGAUUGUCUUGGCGGACGAGUGAACAAAGAACGGAAACCAGUCAUACCAGAAGAGCAUGAUUAA